AUGGCCACAAUGCGUACUCACUUCCUCCUCCUGAUCGUCGCCGUCCUCGUCGCCCCUCUCGCGGCCCAGUGGGGCGAACCCGGAGGUUGGACGCCGAUCAAGGACCUGAGCGACCCGCACUUGAAGGAGAUCGUGGAUUUCGCCAUCUCCGAGUACAACAGGAAGUCGAAUGCGAGCUUGAAACUGAAUAGCGUCGUUGAGGGCGAGACUCAGGUGGUCGAAGGCAUGAAUUACCACCUCAUCGUCACCGUCGCAAACGGCGCCGCCUUGGAGCGCUACGAGGCCGUCGUUUGGGAGAUGCCAUGGCAGCACUUCAUUAGCUUGACCUCCUUUAGCCGCUUAGGUUUUUAA